UCCAAAUUUUUAAUGGCCGACAAGUGAGAAGUUCUCAGUAGAUUAUUUCUUUGUGAUUUUUCGACUUACCAUCACUCUGUUAAGUGUGACAUACAAAGAACUUCACACUUCCAUUGUGUAAGAUGUCCUCUGAUUCGACAGCGGGGUCAUCAGGUGGGAGUUCACCCGAGAAAAGCAGAAAGUUGCGACGUCCUCAUCCCUCCACACAAGAAAGAUUGAGAAACGGAGAAUUUGAUCCAAAUCAAAACACAGCUCCAGUCAUGAAGUCCAAACUAUCAGCAGAUGCUCCAGAAUUUGUUCCAAAAUUUGCUUAUAUUCAACCAGACCAACAACAGGAUGCACUGUACCAAGACUUUCAGAGAUUGGUCAGUAUACGUCCUUCACACCUCAGUGCUGUGACCACCACAGGGCCAUCUGGGAACGAUUCCAUUGCAGAUAUUUUCAAAGAUGCUGUUUUUAGUUUGACAUCAAAUCCAGCACCCAUGGAAGAAUACAUGAAGCGGAUUACAGAUCAGCUGAAUCAAGGCGUCUCUGAUCCAACAGUAAUACAAGACAUUAUAGAAACAUUAUUGGAACAGAGUAUUUCAGAGCCAAAUUUUCGAUUCACUGGAGCCAAAAUCUGCAAGCUAUUAUCACACCAAUUAAAAAGUCAUCCUGUAUUUAAUAAUUUUAGAAGUACAUUUCUAAACAGAAUUAAAGCCGAGUUUGACAAAAGGGAAGAAUUGUUGAACAGUAAUGUCGAACGGUUAUGUGGACUUUCAAUGUUUUUUGGUGAACUCUUUUUAGUAUUAGAGGUGGAACAGAAAGAUACUGGUGUUAUGAUAAAGAUUGGUAUAUUACGGAAUGCCAUAAGUGAUUUAUUGAGGACAUUAUUAUCACAGCCCGAUGAUGUAACUGUAAAAUGUGCUACACAACUACUCAAGCUGACUGGUACAGCAUUAAUGGAAACAACAGAUCUGACUGGAAAUUUCGAUGAUAUCUUUAAUAAGAUUAAAUCACUAGAAAAACAUCCUCAGUUAAAUAAGACUAGUCAUUGUUUGAUAAACUCAGUACUGAGUCGACUGGAGUAUAACUUUGGUGUUGGACAGCAACCAUCACCACAGAAACCAGUACAGGCAUAUCCAGGGCAACAAUCUACUAGUUUCAAUAAUGAACCAAUAUUUUACAACACAGAGGGUCAGCCAAUCACGAGAGAGGAAGCAGGGUACAGUGAUAUUGAAGGACUUAACAGUGAAGAGCAGGAGGCUUUCCUUCAGUGGGAGGCGGAGAAUUAUGCUAAUCAGCAGUGGGUGGAUCAAGGCGGAGACGGAUAUGUAAAUGAAGGGCAGUGGUCUGAUCAAGGAACAAAUGGUUAUGUACAACAACCAUGGUCAACAGGAAUGUCAGAUUAUACACAGUGGUCUACAGAUCAAGAUCAGGGAUUUGGUUUUAAUGAAUCAGAGUAUUACGGGGACUACAGCAGCGAUAUGGACGAUGAAAUGGCGGCAGCUUACGAAAUGUUUUUGAAAGAAUCGGGACAAAGUAGACAUUGAUAGCAUCUGUUUUCUUUGUACAUUCAGUAGUUAUUUAUGUGUGCUUGUUGCAGGUUUGCCAAGACACAUUUACUGUGAUAUGACUAAAUAUUUUGAUUUUAAGUAAUUUGUAAACUUUUUGGAUUCUUUUCUCGGUAUGCAUCAUUUUCGUUGGAACAAAAAUUAUUCCUUCAAAAAUUCAUAUUGUUUAAUUUUUUUUUCGCAUAUUAGAAUCAUUUUAUGUCUAAUUUGCAAUUUAUAACUUUGUUUAAAUAAUUUUUCUCACGUGUUUUGGCUAUAUUUUGGAUUAACAUUGUCAGAACGAAAAAAUAAAUCUGCCUUUAAGGGUAUAAGUACAUCACAGUGAAUGUUACUUGGCAAUUAUUAAAAUAAAAGUGCUAACAAGGCUGUAUUUGUGCUAAUAUGUGAUAUAUGUAAAUAAAAUACUUUGUAAAUAAUUGUAAAUGAUCACCAUAUCCUGCAGUAAUCCAACUGUUUAGUAUUGACAAGCACCAUUCCUUUAUUUCACCUGUAUAUAAGAUUUCAAACAAAGUUCUCAGAUAACUAUCGCAGGAGGAUAGCUCUUUGAAGUGUUUAACACGCCUGUCAUAUAAACAGUUCCGUUACUGCAGGGUAUAAGGUAUUUUUUAAUAUGUAGAUAAAUAAAUAGCAUGAUAGGUCAUGUUUUGUAUGACAUAUCUUAUCGCAAAUUGCAAGAAAUGUAAGCAAUAUUUGUCAUGUUUUGUAUGACAGAUCAUGUUGCAAAUUGCAAGAAAUAUAAGCAGUAUGGAUCAUGUUUUGUAUGACAGAUCAUGUCGCAAAUUGCAAGAAAUGUAAGCAAUAUUUGUCAUGUUUUGUAUGACAGAUCAUGUUGCAAAUUGCAAGAAAUGUAAGCAGUAUGGAUCAUGUUUUGUAUGACAUAUCAUAUCGCAAAUUGCAAGAAAUGUAAGCAAUAUUUGUCAUGUUUUGUAUGACAGAUCAUGUUGCAAAUUGCAAGAAAUGUAAGCAGUAUGGAUCAUGUUUUGUAUGACAGAUCAUGUCGCAAGUUGCAAGAAAUGUAAGCAAAUUGGUGAUGUUUUGUAGGACAGAUCAUGUUGCAAAUUGCAAGAAAUGUAAGAAAUAAGGGUCAUGUUUUGUAGGACAGAUCAUGUUGCAAAUUGCAACAAAAUGUAAUACAUCAUUUUGUAUAUCAAAUUACCAUUUCUGUAAUGGUAGACCAUUUGACACAAGGUGGCAGUUGCCAUAUUCAGUAUUUGGGUAUCCAUUUUAACCAGGUUUUCAUAGAAAACCAGUUAUUAGGUUGGGGUAUGUUGUCGUGCAGGCAGGCGGGUGUCAAACUUGUUUUCCAUACAAUAACUUUAGUUUGGAACAAGCUAUAGAACCAAACUUGGCCUGUAGAUAGAUGAUAAGGAGACAAAGCUUAGGUUUAGUUUGGACUUACUUUCUGCCACCAAAUUUUGUGUACAGCAAGCUUAUCUGAAAAAUUAGCUUUGAAUGAUAGUUGGGGUCACUGUUACUAAAAAUAGAAUAAUGGUUUCCACUCGAUAUCUUUAGUUUUGGUACACUUAUUAUCAAUAUACUAAGUGUAUAGAUAGCUUUUAUCAAUCACAAAAAGUUGGGAAUGUUUUUGAGGUCACUCAGAUCAGGGUCAAGGUCAGUGUAGCUAAAAAUAGAAAAAUGGGGUCAUAUUUGAAAUAAGAAAGAGAUUUUUGUGCUUUGGAAUGAAAGGGUUUUGGUUCAAAUCUCACAGAGAUCAAAAAAAAAAUUUCUUUUUUCAUUUUUUUUUUUUUGACAAGGUCAUUUUAAUGCCAUUGGGUAACUAAAAAUAGAAAAAUAUGGUCAUAGUUAUAAUAAAAAAUAUAUGUGUAAUAGAAUAUGACCAAUUUUUUAAUGAACCUCUUGGCAUGAUGCAAUUGAAAAACAGGUUUUCGUGGAAUUUCCAGGUUUCUUGUUUAUGUUUUAAAUAUCAGAUUUAUUUUUUACAAAAGGGAGUCUUGAUGGUUGAAAGGUAAAAUUUGAUAGCUUUACUUGCCCAUCACCACUGUGUAUUUUAGCAUUCAUUGUAAUCGUAUAUUCUUUGAUGUUAGGGAGUCUUUCAGAGGAAGGCCAAGUCAGGAUGACUUAGAAUGCGACCUAUCAAAACAAAAGGAAGAAUGUUAUAAAGGAGAAAGGAAUGCAGUUUUUUUCCAGUUUUGUUUCAGCUGGUUCCAGGCACAAUAUUUCACAUUUAUCAAAUUAAUAUUCUGGAAACUGGCAUCUGCCACCUUGUGAAAGAGGAUUGAAAAUGCAUUGAAAUGAAAUGUCAUUGAGAAAAUUUCAAAUCAUUUUUAAAUAUUGAUGUAUGUAUGUAUGUUGUCUGUCUUUGCAAAAAAAGUACUAUCGAAGGUUCUGUAUCAGUUUAUACAAACAUUAUGCAUUGUAUUACACAGUAUAAAGUUUUUAAAACAGGACAAGAGAAACAUAAAAUUACAGAUAUGUGGACAUGUGUGUAAAAUUAAUGUAAAGUUCACAGACAAAAAUGAAAAUACACUUAUAAUGGUUGAAAGUGGAAACCUAGGGAAUGACAAAGGCACAUAUUUAUCUGGACGUCUUUGACUACUCGGUACUUUAUUUCAUGAAAUUGGACCGUACCAAUUCCAGUCUCUUAAAAUUGUCUUCAUUAAUAUAAUAAUCUCUUGAAUUCUGGCAUUUCCAUUUAGUGUAUUUCAGUCCUUUGUCCUUUGUCUUCCUCAUUAUACACAGUGCAAUAAAAUAUUUCACAGAAAAAGAAACAUUCAGUUCAUUCAUAGUGCCUUUGAAAAAAAUCAUUUUAUCAUUUUGCUGAAAUGGAGAAGGAUGCAUAGUAAUAGUUUCCAAUUUUUCAGAAUCUCAGAAAAUAAGUGAAAUUCGUAAGUCAGGGAAAGUGAAGAAUGUUAUAGGUAUUCAGGUUAAUGUUUUCAUAGUUGUAAAACUAUAGCAGGCCUUUUUUUCCAUCAAUUUGGGAAUGCCAACAACACCGGUUGAAUUGGGAAAAUGUCAUUUAAUUUGGAAAAAUUGAAAUUAACCAUAAUUUUUAUAUAGAUACUUCUUAGAUAUUUGUGAAGCGGUAUUUCAAUGUUGGUUCUUUACUUAACCUUUAGCCUGCUGGCGGCAAUUGGUUUUGCCUUUGCGACCAGUGCAGGCCAAGAUCAGCCUGCACAUCCGUGCAGUCUGAUCAUGGUCUGCACUGUUCGCUAUUCAGUCAGUAAAUUUUCAGUGAUCACCCCUUGGAAUAAUAAAUGGUAUUGCCCAAAUUGAAUGAUGGACCAGUCCAUUCUAGAAAUUUAGCAGGCUAAGGGUUAAUCAAAAUACACAUGAAAGCUUACAAAGCAGCCAAACAAUUUUAAAACAGCAACAAACCUUAAUCAUUUUGGAAUUUUUUGUUCCGAAUUGGGGAAAAACACUUCACUGCUUUGAGAAUGCCGUCUUUUAUUGGAGGUAGCUUUAUAGGGAAAAAACCUGUAUGGUAUCUGGAAAUAACAGAAUUAUAAACAAUAGGUUCAUGAUUAACCCUUGUUAUGUAAGAGGUAGAUUUUAAAAGUAUUUUACUGUGCCUGUUUGUAAAUAAUAGUGUCUUUUGUGUUUUGCAAAACUUUUCACAGUCACUAAGCAUUUCUUUUGUAAUAUUCUGGCUUAGAUUUUCCAGUUUUUGCUCAAGUUUUGCUAUGUAAUGUUUGGCUAGUUUGUAGUGGGUCAGUGAAAUAUUCUGUACCUCAGCCACUAUAGUGUAACUCUUCUAUAAUGAUGGUUGAUUCAAUAUUACUGGGACUCUUUUUCCAGUGAUCAGUAAUGAAUUUCUCACAAUGAGCAUUUGUAUAAAUUGAAUAGUUCCAUUAUAAAAGCUGUCUACAGCUAGCAUAUGUGUUUGACAUUUGCCUUUUGUAGUCAUCAUAUGCUUUGUGAGAACAAGUCAAAAACAAAUUUAUUGCAUACAAAUUUUAGAUGCAAAUAUUUUUAAAGGGACAUGCCUCGAGAUGAACAUUAUUUUUUUAUUAUCUCUUUUUAAACAGAUAGCAGUUGAUAUUAGAUAUCCAAAAUGAUAAACCAGUAUUGUUUAAGUAGAUAUUUAGUGAGUAUCGUGUAAAAUACAGCUGAAUUCCUUCUAUUUUGCAUCAGAUUUCAAUAACGUGACUAACGCUUUUGAAAGACUGCUUCAUAUUUUAUUGAUUAACCUUUUACACUGCUACAUUUCUAAAAUGUACUGGUCCAUCAUUCAAUUUUGGCAGUACCAUUUAUUACUGGCAGGGAUGUUCACGGAAAAUUGAAUGACCAUGAUCAGCCUGCACGGACUAACUUGCAGGCUUAUCUUGGUCUGCGCUGGUCGCAAUGUCAGAAUCAUUUGCCACCAUCAGGCUAAAGGUUAAAAGGGUGUUUUUAUAGAUAAAAAGCUCCUAAAAUGGACAGAAUUACUUUAAUUUUUCUCUGUAUUGCAAGUACUAAAUUAACGCAUUUUUCUAAAUUUAAAAAAAAAAUGACAUAAAUCUGGAGGCCUGCUGCUUUAAUACAUAAAACAUUAAACCAUUGAUAAUUCUUUGGAAACUAAUUGCUGUGAAUUUUGUGGUUGUCUGAAUCUGCAAAAUUAAGAUAACUACAAAAUUAUAUUUCAGUUGUUUUAAUUUUAAUUUACCUGCGAAAUAACUAUUUUCAGAAUUUUAAAAGAAUAAAUUGUUUGGUUUUUGAGCUGAAAUAAAGUCUUUGCAUAAAAAUUUAAAUACAUAUUUCCAUGACAUUUUUUUCUUUCUUGAAACGUGGAUGCUUAGGUAUAUUUCAUGGUGAUUGUUCUAAAAUAGUACAAUAUUAUUGCAAUGAUUUUGAGAGCUUUACCAACCUCCCUUCCAAAAAAAAACCAGAUGGAUAGCAUAAUUUUUAAUAAGGUGAAAUUAUGCAUAUGAAUUAUAGAUUAAUUUUACAGUUGUACAAAUCAUAUAAUGUAUAUUUAUUAUACUGCCCAUUUUCAUUCCAAACUAAUUGGUGUUUUAAUAGCAAACUAUUUUUUUUUAAAUACAGUUAAGCAGCCAGUCAAGGAAGCAACUUAAAGCAAGUGGCUGCUUAAGAAAGGUUAAAAUUAUAACAAAGUCAAUUUGACCGGCUGCUUAAGGCAAUCGGCUGCUUUAAACAGGUGCCCGUUAAGGCAGGUUCAGCUAUAUGUAUAUAUAUUAUAUAUUUUUGCUGUAUUUUUGGUCAUUAUGUUUAGAAAAGAAUUAUAAAGAAGUCUUUGUCCGUAUUUCUGUCCAUGUUAGAAAAGAUAUAGGCCUAAGUUUUCCAGUUUUUGAAAGUGGCUUAAAUCUUGAGCUUCUCAAAAUUUAAUGCUGAAAUUGGUGAAAAAGAGAUUAAUUUAAAUAAGUAUUUAGAAACAGUUUCAGUAAAACAUAGACUUUAUCAGAUUAUGAUUAAACAAAAAGUCCCUCAAUAUACAGCAUCUAUAUGAGAAGUAAAUUCAGGAAUCAUUAUUCAUGGACUUUGAACUAAUUAUUCAUGGACUUUGAACUAAACUUGUUCAUAUCAUAUCUUUUUGAUUGAUUGAUUUAUUUCAGUAUAUAAUAUACUUGGUAUGGUACAACACAAAUUAAAACAAAUUUCAAAUAUUACAUAUACAAUGACUAGGAAUUAAAACAUAUUCAAAGACAACUAAGAAUCAUUACUAAACAUAAAAUACCAAUAACUGCAGAAAAAAAUAUGUACCAGGAAAUGUAUUCAUAUACCCAGGAAUGGCCAGGAUGACACAAAAAUGGGGAAUGUGAAACCCCUCAUUUCCAUUGUGGUCCUGGUCUUGCCAAUUAUUAAAACUAUUUUCAUUUUAUGUGAUGAUGAAUAAAAACAGAGUUCUUCCAUGACAACGGAAUAAACUGCCAUAUGCCAUACAUAAUUUAGCUUUUCCUAGUAUGAAAGACUGCAGUCAUUUUCCAAGCAUAAUCGAAAUAACAAUAGUAUUUCAGUUUUCAAAAAAGUCUUUGUUAGGUUAUAUACCGUAACAGAAACUUAAACAAGGCAAGUUCUGGACUAAAGGUCAUAUAGUUGGACCACAGAACCAUUUUCAUGAUUUAGACAAAACAAGAGUUUUUAAAAAAUCUUGUUUCGGUAAAAAUAUACCAGUAGAUCAAAUUCCAGACUUGUGACUAAAGCCUUGUGUAGCUAGUCAGUUGUAUCUGGAUUGGUCUGACAGCUUUUCUAAUAGUUUAAUUGGAUAUAUAGUUGAUACUACGUCGUAUA